ACAGACUGUUAAUCGUUUAUGGGCGACGGUUGAAUUGAGCCAAAAUGUAUUUCAUUGCAUAGCACCAAGGAACCAAUGAAAUACUUUAUCCAAUCAUAAUCAUUCUAAAGGCGGGAUAUCCGCAUGUAGGAUAAGCUGUGUGUGGCGGUGGAUCUGUAAAGGGAAAAAAUUCAGUGGGAGUGAUAGUUAGCUUUUUUGUUUCUUAGUGACCGAUUACAGUUCAUAUUCGUGCGAAUUGAAAUAGCUAGCUAUAGCCAUGCCUGGAAUAGAUAAAUUACCGAUCGAGGAGACAUUCGAGGACAGUCCACAGACGCGCUCCCUGCUCGGUGUGUUCGAGGAGGAUGCAGCUGCUAUAUCCAACUACUCCCAGAAGCUCUUCCAGGCCAUGAACAGAAUCUACGAUGCACAAAAUGAAUUGAGUGCUGCCACCCAUCUCACCUCCAAACUUCUGAAGGAGUAUGAGAAACAGCGCUUCCCUCUUUGGAGCGACGACGAGGUCAUGAGCUCCACUCUGCAGCAUUUUGCCAAAGUCAUAGACGAGUUGAGUUCCUGUCAUGCAGUCCUUUCCACUCAGCUGGCUGAUGCCAUGAUGUUCCCUAUCACCCAGUUUAAGGAGAGGGACUUAAAAGAGAUACUGACACUGAAGGAAGUAUUCCAGAUAGCCAGCGAUGAUCAUGACAUGGCCAUCAACAGAUACAGCCGUCUCUCUAAAAGGAGGGACAAUGAGAAGGUGAAGGGCGAGGUGAUGGAGGACGUGUACACCUCCAGGAAGAAGCAGCACCAGACCAUGAUGCACUACUUCCUAGCCCUCAACACGCUGCAGUACAAGAAGAAGAUCGCCAUUCUGGAGCCGCUGCUGGGGUAUAUGCAGGCACAGAUCAGCUUUUUCAAACUGGGAUCAGAGAACCUCACCCAGCAGUGGGAAGACUUCCUCACCAACAUAGGAACCAGCGUUCAGAAUGUCCGCAGGGAAAUGGAUGGUGAGGUAGAUGUAAUGCAACAGACCAUCCAGGACUUGGAGCAAGCCAGUGACCUCUACAUGCCCGACCCCGACCCCAGCCAGGUUCCUGUCAACCGCAACCUCACACGCAAGGCCGGCUACCUCAACGCACGCAAUAAAACAGGCCUAGUGUCUUCCUCCUGGGACCGGAAGUACUUCUUCACCCAGGGAGGGAACCUGAUGGGCCAGGCGCGGGGGGAUGUGGCGGGGGGUCUGGUCAUGGACAUAGAUAAUUGCUCCGUCAUGGCCGUGGACUGUGAGGACCGACGCUUCUGCUUCCAGAUCACAUCCUUUGACGGCAAGAAGGUGGCCAUCUUGCAGGCAGAGAGCAGGAAGGAUUGUGAAGAGUGGAUUGCAACUAUAAACAACAUCUCAAAGAGGAUAUAUCUGAGUGAGAACCCAGAGGAAAUCGCAGCCAGAGUGAACCAAUCAGCUCUUGAGGCUGUGACACCGUCUCCCUCCUUCCAACAGAGGCAUGAGAGUAUGCGGCCGAGCACACAAGGGCGGUCCCGGGCAGCGCGGACCAGCAGUGUGAGCUCAGCGGGCUCUGAGACUGCCUCCCCGGCCCUCUCUGUCCUCUCAUUGGACACCCUGGUGGCUCCUGAUACGCCCAUCCAGUUUGACAUCAUCUCUCCAGUCAGCGAGGAGUAUGCAGGCCAGGCCAAGGCAGCAGGACAGGGCAGAAGGACCAACCCGUUUGGUGAAUCAGGAGACACUCCACCUGAGGAGAGUGAAGACUCCAUCCUGCACCAGCUGUUCAUCGUGCGUUUCCUGGGUUCUAUGGAGGUGAAGAAUGCAGACAGCUCUGACGUCAUCUAUGAGACGAUGCGACAGAUCCUAGCAGCCAGGGCCAUACACAACAUCUUCAGGAUGACAGAGUCUCACCUGCUGGUCACCUGCGAAUGCCUCAAGCUCAUCGAUCCUCAGACACAAAUCACACGGCUGAGGUUCCCUCUCUCCAGUGUGGUGGUGUGUUCGUCCCACCAGGAGAACAAGCGUCUGUUUGGAUUCGUCCUGCAGACUGCAGAAGGCAUGGUGGACGGACCACCUGUAACCGUCUGCUAUAUCUUUGAGUCCAAUGAUGACGGGGAGAAGAUAUGUGACAGUGUUGGGCUGGCCAAACAGAUCGCUUUCCACUCAGAAAUGGAUCGUAAAGCUACGGAGAAGAAGAAGGAGAAGGACAAGGCCAAGGAGAAACAGCAAGAGGAGCUGUCUAAACAGAAACAGAUAGAAAAGGACCUGGAGGAACAGAGCCGUUUAAUCGCUGCCUCCAGUCGCCCCACCCCCCCUGCCCCUGGUGCUGAUGGACAGUUCCUGGUGCUGAGCAACAGCCAAUCAGAGGACAGCGAUGCAGGAGUGGAGGGGCGGGAGAAGGGAGAGUCGGAGGCCUAACAGAAUGGAAGGGAAAGAGCUUUCACCAGAUACUACUUUGGACCAUCAAACUACCGGAAAUCAGUCAUCUUCAAUGGAUGGAGACGACGUGAGAAGACUUUGAGCAAUUGUUUGUGUGAUUAUUGGCAAUGUCACCUAUGUUGAGGCAAAGUUAUUUUCUGAAAAGCCACAACUGAACAAGCUUGGCAAUGUCUUACUACAAAGUACUAGCCGGUGAAAAUGCACAGUUAGAGUGGGAGUUGGUUCCUCUGGUCCUCAACCCUGGGCCUCGGCUUAGUCUCUGUGGGCUUUUCUCUGGCUCCUACAGUUGUUUUACAGAGGAGUUGGACUGCAAGUAGACUUUAUAACAUUAAGUAAAGAUUAAGACCCCACUAAAAUAUCAAAAGAAGAGGAGAAAUGUGUAUGAAUUUCUGAACACUCAAAGAAUCCUUCCGGAUCUUUCUCGUCCUCCAUAUGUAAAUCAGGAAUUAUAUACUGGUACUUGUAUUCAGAAGAAAUAUAGAAGAAGAUUAACGCUUUUACGUUUUAUUUUUAUUUUUUAUUUUUUUAAUCAGGGCGGUUCUGACUCAAUACCAUGCAUGGCACACUAAAAAACAGAGAUUAUAGAGUGUAUACAUUUGUUGGGGAGGGAAGACAUUGCACAUGUUAAUACUGUAAUGACAUAUUUAUAAAAUACUUGUAUUGUUUAUGUAAACCAUAUAUACAUGUUGUCUUACAUUCAGCUAACACGCUUGCAUGUGCUUUGGACCCCAUCAUUCAAGAUACAUAAUUGUCAUGCUUAUUUUUAUUUACAAUGAAUUACUACCCUUUCAAUUAACCAUGUUUUUGUUUUGAGUGAGUUUGGUUUCAAGAUGAGAAUUUAGAUCUCUAGUCACUGUACCCCCAACACCAAUAAUGGUUUCUCAUUCAAUGGAUCAGACUACUUGCCAUAGCCCAACAGACCUUGUGCCUGAGGUGUAACGUAUUCAUCUGCUUGGUUAGAGCAAAGAACAAUACUGUAAUACAACGUGCUAAAUCAGGGCAUUUACUCUUAAAAGUCAAUGCCCUGAUUAAUCUUUAUUUUUUAUUUUUUAUGGUUUGUAUUUUUCUCCGAUUUCUGUAUAAAGAAAUGUACUACACAUGUCUGAAAUGUUUCUCAACCUUAACCCAUUGCUAUGUAAGUUUUGCGCUGAGCUCUGACUAAAGUUUAUCACUUAUCAACUCAUAGAGAAUACAUGUUGCAGUGACAUGAUCCAGGGAAAACUAUCAUAUCAACAAAGUGGAAUUGAUUUGGUUGACAUAUUACUGAUAAUCAGAGUUGAGUGUACUUUAUUAUCAUUUGGGAGAAAGGUGUUUAAAGGAGUAGUAAGGAACCGGUCUUACUGAGAUGUUAAUAUGGGGGACUGCACUUAGUAAUUAAAUGCAGGGGGAAAUGUGAUCAUGUUUACUGUGUAUAUACUUCAGUGAUUACUGUUGCAGAGUCCUAGGUAGCUUUUCAACAAUAAAUGUACACUAAUUCAAA